AUGCAGCGAGCGGUGCUCUGCGCGGCGAUGGCCUUCCUCGCGCUCUCGGACGCGUCUUCCAUGGGCCACAAGAAGGGCUGCAAGCACGACCACAAAGUCUGCGCCGACGGCUCGCGCGUCUACCGCAACGUCUACUACGACUGCGACUUUAACUUGUGCCCGGAAGAGAUGAGUGACGAACCAGCACCGACGACGAUGCCGCCGGCCGCCGGCGCCGCCAACGCCACCGCUGCCAACGCGACUGCGCCCACGAUUGCGGCAACGACGAAGCCACCAACGCCUGCGCCCACAACGCGCCGGCGGCACCAACACAACGACGAGGACGACGACGAAGAUGAGGACGACGACGACGAUGGCGAAAACGAAGACGAGAAGGAUGCGCGGCAAGCCCUGGUGACAGUCAAGCCAACAGCGGCAGCAACGGUCAAGCCGACCCUGCCCGCGGCGCUGCCCACGGCGACGCACGGCCGCCGGACCAAGGUCGAGUGGAUCUCGAUCAACAAGAUGGCCUUGCCCAAGCCCGUGGGCGCGUCCGUCGCCCGCGCGUUCGCCGCCUACAAUCUCCCGGCGGUGUGCUCGACCUUCGACUUGAACUACACCUCGAUCGAGAUGCAAGGCAACGACUCGCGCUAUCACAUCGUGCUCGGCGCGCGCUGCAUUCUCCACAACGUGCUGCAGAUCGAAGGCACGUUCCGGCUCUGCCUCUUCCAGAGCCCCACGAACGCGGCCGACCCUUUCCACGUGAGCAGCUGCAGCUUUCUCGGGGCCGACAACGUGCCUGUGAACUACCUCGCGGUCGCCGAGGCUAACGAAGGCGUGUGCCAGACGCCGUCGCAGAAGCGAGCCUUUGACGACCAGCCGCUGCAGUACUCGGUGACGGCCAAGGUCGCGAGUGUCGCCAGCUUUGACGUGACCGUGCAGCACCUUGUCCAAGACAACGCGGGUCUCGCGGCGGCCGCCGGCAUCGCAGCUGUCGUGUUUGUGGUCGCCGUCAUCGCCGUCGUGCGACGUCGGCGCCGGGGACCAGGGUCCCAGCGUCUCGGGUCGGACGCCCCGGACGCCCCGUCGGCCGUCGACGACGUUCCUGCGACGACGACGAGCCAGGUCGAAGGCACGUUUGACGUGACGACACAGAGCAAGGCGUGA